GGCCGUCAGAAUUCAGAAUUCUGUUCACAGGAGAAGGGUGGCGCUAGCGCGGCGCUCCGUUUAAAAAGUGGCAGUUGUAACAGUUGUGGCUUAACAGCGGUACUUUUCAUUAGUUUCAGGCACAUUAAGCCGGGUUGCAGCCAUGGAAGACUACACCAAGGUAGAGAAGAUAGGAGAAGGCACAUACGGCGUUGUUUACAAAGGCAAGGAUAAGAGAAAUGGUCAGAUAGUGGCCUUGAAGAAGAUUCGUCUUGAAAGUGAAGACGAAGGCGUCCCAUCUACUGCGAUCCGUGAGAUUUCUCUCUUACGUGAACUAAGGCACCCCAACAUUGUCUGCUUACAGGACGUGCUUAUGCAAGAGAACAGACUGUUCUUGGUCUUCGAAUUCCUCUCGAUGGACCUUAAGAAGUACAUGGACACCAUUCCCAAGGAUCAGCAGAUGGACAAGACGCUGGUGAAGAGCUACAUGAAGCAAAUCCUGGAAGCAAUCCUAUUUUGUCACCAACGUCGCGUUCUGCACAGAGACCUCAAGCCCCAGAACUUGCUUAUCGAUCAGAAGGGUAACAUCAAGGUGGCAGACUUCGGCCUCGCCAGGGCUUUCGGCAUCCCCAUUCGAGUGUACACUCAUGAGGUGGUGACCCUGUGGUACAGAGCACCUGAAGUGCUGCUAGGUUCACCUCGCUACUCAACUCCCAUUGACAUAUGGAGUAUCGGAUGCAUCUUUGUGGAGAUGUCCAACAAGAAGCCCCUCUUCCACGGUGACUCUGAGAUCGAUCAGCUGUUCCGCAUCUUCAGAACAUUGGGCACACCAACGGAAGAAUCCUGGCCCGGCGUAGCAAAGCUUCCAGACUACAAGCCCACAUUUCCCAGCUGGAAGGACAACAUCCUUGGAAGCAUGAUCAGCAAUAUGGACUCUGACGCCAUUGACCUGCUGAAGAAAAUGCUCAUCUACGACCCUGCGACAAGGAUAUCUGCGAGGGACACGCUUGAGCACCCCUACUUCGCUACGUGAUUUUACGUUUUACUUCAAUAUAGGGGUUCCUGUGCAUUCUAUUGCCUUCCAUUCUUAGUGUGCUACAUAUGCCAGGAAGGGCACAUUAAAUGUGGGUAGGUCAUGUCUUAUACACAUACAUAAAUAUAUAUAUAUUGUUUGUUUCUGCAUAACAGGGAUUUCUCUAUCAUUAAGCAUUGAUUUGUACAGUGAUACGGAGAUGGUAGUGUCAGUAUUUCGUCAUUCUGGAAAGCAACAGUAUUCUAUUACUUCGCAACCUGAAUGUUUAGUUUUGCAGAACAUUAGCAUCGAACUGUGUGGUAUUACAAUGUGGGACCAGGUAAGGGAUGUAUAGCAUUUUAUAUGUUGUUGGAAACUUACGUGUACGUGCACCACAUGACAAUAUUUUUGUGCUUCAUAUUGACUGUGCAACUGCUGCAUAUCAACAAAGGUCUUUAUUUUUUGUGAGAAUUUCACGCAACAUUAUAUACUACUGUACUCUGCCAGAAAGUAGUUGUCCCUUUCACUGUAUAAUAAUCCCCAGCAGCACUCUUCUCUAAGAUUACCUGUGCGAUGCUGAGAAUGUGGUAUAGUGAACAAGUGGGCCCGGAGUGCUGCAGGGAGGCAGCGUUGCUGUAAUGUUUAGAGUAGCAGAUGCAUUGGCUGCAUUAUUGACUGGGUAUCGAGUGCUGAUCUGUCCUGAUAAUACAAAGUUCAGCUCGUUCCUAACUGCCACAGCAUGCCACAUGCACACAAUGCUCUGGUGCUCUUCCAUCCUCUCACUGAGGGCCAGAUAUGGCGAGGAAGAAAAGUCGCAAACAUGGGUAUGCUGGUGUACCAUUCCUCAUGGCACUCCCUAUAAUGUAAACCAUGUGAUGGCCAUGCUCUUUUGUUGACUGUUUGCACCGUGCAUGCUGGACGCGCUCAUAUCACCGCCCUCCUCUACAUGCUGUGAUGUGUACACAUUCCUGCGGAUACAUCUGCCCUUCUAGAGCUACACAACACCCAGUUACAAGACCCGUGGGGAAACUUCACGACUAGAAUGGGGUUAUAACAGAGUAAUGCACAACGGGUGGGGUGCUGUGACGCGCGGAUAUGUUGCAGCAGUCGCGAGAAACUUGUGCUAUAUCAUUGUAAUACAGUAAAUGCACCUGCUAUUCGAUAAUAGAUACCAAUACUCAACUUCUCAGUAGUAGUGUGUCAUUGUGGGAUAGGCAUGUCCUGUGGCAAAUAGAAACAACUUGACUUUUCCAGGCAGGCUCUCGUUGAGGUGUUGGGGACAAUUUAGAUUUUCAGCAGCAUGGCGACUCCUUUAAAGUCCUUGUUCAUUGAUGUGCUUUCAGGCGCCCUUCCUUAAGUAUUCAACAACAUUUGGAAUUCGUUUGCCAAAGGCUUCUCUCUCCAGUAGCAUCCUCUGAAAAAUAAAUUUCACAUAGUUUGCAUUAACUGCAGUUCCCAAGAACGUGCAAGGCCUUCCACUCCACACUAUAGUGUCUGUGAAAUGGUAAUGUGGGGGCAGUAACAUUCUUGUGAAAAAAUUUCUGUUUGUAGAUCUGGGGACAUUGUGAUGUACAUGCGUUUGAAGUGGUGGGUGCAUGUUUUGUCACCAAAAUAAAGAAAAUGUGCAUGCAAAUUAAUUGUCUGUUUUGGAAGUGCGCAGAAGGUGCUUCCAAACUUCUGUUAAUCAGGCCCCUGCCACAACAGCAAAUAAUUGUAUAAAAAUUCAUGUUGAUUUCCACAUGCAAGUUUAAUAGUUUCAGCAAAUUGGUGGAAAUAAAAAGGCUGGGCAAUCAUU